GAAAAAACAGCAUUCGAUCCUCGCAAAAAGAGAACAGCAACACACUAUACAUAUAACAAAUCACGUCAAUCCAUUCUUGACAUACGUGCUGGCCACGUAUUCUAGCAAUUCGAUCAGACGUCAAUAGCACAAAAAAUCUUGGCAAGAUGUCGUCUUCCGUUGAUGAAGUCGGUGUACCGACAGAUGAUCCAAUGUUACAAGACAAUCAGCUAGAUGGGAAACAGCACUCCAUAGAGGAAACAAGAGCAACUACGCAAAAUGAUUCAACCAGCAUCAUAGACGAAGAUGAUGAAACAGAAGCACCAUUACUCCAACCAGUGGCUUGCAGACUGAUUUCGUGUAUGCGGGCACCAUGUCUGAAGCGCACAACUUCAUCAUCGUCAUCGCCAGGAUCUCAAACACCUUCCAGCGGAGGUACAAUCUCACCUGAGUAUGGUGUCAGUCCUCCAAUGACGGAUGGCUCACUUUCGACCAUCUGUUCUUCAUUUGGAGCUAUCAAGCAAAUGUCAAGUGCACGACCUAAGCGUCAAGUCCAUUUCGCUGUCGCGCCACCUGAAUCCGGCACCACAUAUUCCCGUGAAAAUUAUGAUCGAAGACCGAUCGAAUGUACACGAGCAGGAUCUAUGUUUGAUCUCAGCUUGCCUUCACGUGGAAUGUGUCCAAGUUACUCUGGUGAAGCAGACGAUGAAGCAUGUACAGAGGAUGAAAAGGAUGAUGAUGAAAAGACGAGGGACAACAAAGAGCGCAUGCGUGGAUUUGCGCGUUGGGCAAAGCUGAAGAAUGGAGGAACCAUUCUUGGUGGUGCGACAUUGAAGUACACAUCUCGUUCAACGGAGACUACACCUUCUGAACAAGAAGCUGAAGCAAAUACCUGUCGCUUACCUGCUCACGGCAUUCGAUCAUUCGGUGGAUUGGCGGGAAGUAUCGGUCGUUCAGCUGAAGUCCAUUCGAUGGAAGAGGUCAGCCCGGAACCUGCCGAGAAAGAAAGCAAUAGCUUGCACGAAUCAAUCUCAUCCGAAGAUCAAGAAGAGUCUGAUACCGAAAAUGCAGCAUUCAGACAAGCAGUGUAUGCUGCUUUGUCCAUGUCGCCAAAUGCUACUCCUAUGCCCAGUCCCAGCGUCAGAACAAGAUGGGAAUGUGUCACAUCAUAUUUUGAUCAAAAAGUGGCAGCUUCAGAACUUGUCGAUCAUGGUGUUCAGACUCCAGACACAUCAAAAGAAGACGGUACAAGCGGUGAAGCAGAUGAUUCGAAAUCUCUCGAGUCCAACGAGGAAAACAGAACUCCUCGUGCGAAUACAAGCAUGCUAGAUGAGAAUUCUCUUCCCGUUCCUGCAUCUCUAAGCUUGUCAAUGUCGUCAUCCUCACCUUCUAUGGAUACGGUGACAACAUCUUCUUCGCCCAUGUCUUCGCGUUGUUCCAGCACGGAUACAUGGAGCAGUCAUGGAUUCGCAGAGCGUGAAAUGGAGAUGGACGCUUUUGAGAACGAAUUUAUGAGAGGGAUGGCAUCUUUUGGUGUCACGGCAAAAGGUACUGAACAAGACUCAGCCGUUCAAGGUGAAGAGGCACGAAAUGAUGCUUCAUCACCAUGUGAAACAUCUGACAGUCUUGAAACAGAUCAAGGCACUUUAUCUUCCACCAGUAUGGGAUGUUUGAGCACGCAAGACUGGAUGAGCAGUUGUGCAACUUCACCGGAAAUUGGACCGAGCGAUGGAAGUCGUUCGCCGAUUCGUGCACCACUCAUUGCACUGGAUGCUGCCGUUGCACAAGUUCAAGGACAAGAGGAUAGCAAAGGCUCUGAUGAGACGGUCGUUCCUCCUUCAAAUUCGAAUGGGAGAUUGUGCCCUUUAAGUGCAUUCUCCAAAUUUCCAGCGUUCCUAUCGGUGCAUCAAAGAAGAGCAAUUUCACAAUCUGCUCCCGCUUCAUCUUCCAAUUCACCUUGUGUGCAAUCAGCAGAUGAAGGAGAUGAUAGCAGUCUUGAACACAAGACCCGUUCGUCUUUGCAAAGGAAUUCAAGUCAUUCACGCAAAUCACGCAAAUCAAAACGAAUGCCAAGUCAUUAUGAUUCACCCGCUGAUAGUGAUGAUGCUGCAAUUGUUGGACGUGCAAAUUUGAGUGGUGAAUUGACGUCACCUCCAAGGCCAAGACGUGGUUCUGCACCAAGAAGUAAGAGCAUGUCUGCUGCCCAAACGGCAACACUCAAGAAAUCAUCUUUUUCAGCAUGUUCAUUCCGAAGUGAAAUUGAAGAUGAAGGAGCAUUGGGAGGAUUUUGAAUGGAUGGCGUGUAUACAACAAUGGUGUCUCAGUAGUAUUAUUACCUCGCAAUUUUCUAGCAUUUCAGCACGAUCAAGAAACAAAUCGGUAUGAAAAACACAAUAAAUAUUCUCACUCUCUUUUCUCCUCACGAAGCAGAUAUCUAUACCAAUUGUACAAUAUCUAUUUAGCAUAGCUUCAUUAUAUUCGAAUCGAAUCUCUUUCAUUUGCACAAC